GAGCAAGGAGAGAACCUGAGGAUUCCUCACACAUGUAGUACUCGGAGCUCUACGGAAACUCAGGCACCUCGACCUCAAGAGGAUCAGCCUGGCCAGGGUGGCACAACUCUUCCUUCCCCGUGCACAGCAGGAAAGCUGCCGUCAACUGAGCAAGUCCACCAACAGUUUCUGUGUCCCACUUCAUCUUUAAUAAGGAAAAGAAACUCAGAAAGAAAAGGUUAAGAAAAGCAGAAGUGAUCAAGGAGAGCACUCGAGUUGCAAUAUUUUCCUUUGGCUGCUGACAGGCAGUUACCAUAAAGCAUUGAGCAUGGGGACACCAUCUUCUUUUAUUAUACAAGAAAGGAGUGUACCUAUCACACACGGGGGAAAAUGCUCUUUUGGGUGCUAGGCCUCCUAAUCCUCUGUGGUUUUCUGUGGACUCGGAAAGGAAAACUAAAGAUUGCAGACAUCACUGAUAAGUACAUUUUUAUCACCGGAUGUGACUCGGGCUUUGGAAACUUGGCAGCCAGAACUUUUGAUAAAAAGGGAUUCCAUGUAAUAGCUGCCUGUCUGACUGAAUCAGGAUCAACCGCUUUAAAGGCAGAAACCUCAGAGAGACUUCGUACUGUGCUUCUGGAUGUGACUGACCCAGAGAAUGUCAAGAGGACUGCCCAGUGGGUGAAGAACCAAGUUGGGGAAAAAGGUCUCUGGGGUCUGAUCAAUAAUGCUGGUGUUCCUGGUGUGCUGGCUCCCACUGACUGGCUGACACUAGAGGACUACAGAGAACCUAUUGAAGUGAAUCUGUUUGGACUCAUCAGUGUGACACUAAAUAUGCUUCCCUUGGUCAAGAAAGCUCAAGGGAGAGUUAUUAAUGUCUCCAGUGUUGGAGGUCGCCUUGCAAUCGUUGGAGGGGGCUAUACUCCAUCCAAAUAUGCAGUGGAAGGUUUCAAUGACAGCUUAAGACGGGACAUGAAAGCUUUUGGUGUGCACGUCUCAUGUAUUGAACCAGGAUUGUUCAAAACAAACUUGGCAGAUCCAGUACAGGCAACUGAAAAAAAACUCGCCAUUUGGAAGCAGCUGUCUCCAGACAUCAAACAACAAUAUGGAGAAGGUUACAUUGAAAAAAGUCUAGACAAACUGAAAGGCAAUAAAUCCUAUGCGAACACGGACCUCUCUCCGGUGGUAGAGUGCAUGGACCACGCUCUAACAAGUGUCUUCCCUAAGACUCAUUAUGCUGCUGGAAAAGAUGCCAAAAUUUUCUGGAUACCUCUGUCUCACAUGCCAGCAGUUUUGCAAGACUUUUUAUUGUUGAAACAGAAAGCAGAGCUGGCUAAUCCCAAGGCAGUGUGACUCAGCUAACCACAGGUGCCUGCUCCAGGCUAUGAGAUUGGCCAAUUUCAAGAGCACUUCUCCUUUUCAACCCCAUUCUUUACCUGCUCCUACCUGGACUCAUUUAGAUCCUGCUUAUUUGGAUUACAAAAGGGAGUCCCACCAUUGCUGGUGGUGUCCUAGGGUCCCUGCUCAAGUUUUCUUUGAAAAGAGGGGCUGGAAUGGUACAUCACACAGGCAGGUCCUGCCCUGUAUGUAGGCUUUGCCUGCUUGGUAUGAUGUAAGGGACAUUGAAAGACUUGCCCAUUCCAAAUGAUCUUCACCAUGGCCUGCCCUGUGCUUAUAGUCCCCAGUAUUUAGAGUAACUUGUGAAUGUUAAGUAUCGUCUCUUAUCUAAAUAUUAAAAGAUAAGUCAAACAUU